GUUCCUCCUCAGUGUGUUAGUCAGGCUUGAAUCAAACUCAAGUCUUUUUUCACCCACUUCGACACGAGUUUUGUUGCCGUGUCCGUGCCGGAGCCGUCACUUGUUCAGGUUUCGGGCAGAGUGAAGACACCAGGUAAGCCAUGCCCUCCGUUCCCUCCUCCAAAGAGACCGCUGUUAAGGGCCCCAUGUGCCCACACGCUGCCAAGCUGCUUGCCCACUCCAAUGGAGACUCCAAGCGUGAGGGUGCGUUCCCCCACAACGGGAUGGGCAAGCUGCCUGAGGCGGAAGAGGCCGAGCUACCCAUUCAGCUGAAUGCACAGAGCACCACUGCGGAGAGGAAGUGGAUCCGGCCUGACCUGGCCAGCAAAUGCACAUGGAGCCUGGACGCCAACAACAGCGACUCCCCCCACACACACUGUGUUAAAGCUGCUGUCCCAAACAUUCUUCCCAACAUCCUGCAGAGGAUCGGGGACACUCCCUUAGUCCGCAUCAACAAGAUCCCAAAAACCUUUGGCCUCAAGUGUGAAAUAUUGGCUAAGUGUGAGUUCUUCAAUGCCGGUGGCAGUGUGAAGGACAGGAUCAGUUUGCGGAUGGUGGAGGACGCUGAGAGAGCUGGGGUCCUCAAGCCUGGAGACACCAUCAUAGAGCCUACCUCAGGAAACACAGGUAUUGGACUGGCCUUGGCUGCUGCUGUGAAAGGAUACCGCUGCAUCAUAGUCAUGCCUGAGAAAAUGAGCAUGGAGAAGGUGGAUGUUUUGCGAGCCCUCGGAGCCGAGAUUGUGCGUACGCCCACCAGCGCUCGCUUCGACUCCCCGGAGUCUCAUGUGGGCGUGGCCUGGCGCCUCAAGAACGAGAUCCCCAACUCACACAUCCUGGACCAGUACCGCAACCCGAGCAACCCGCUGGCUCACUACGACACCACGGCUGAGGAGAUCCUGGAGCAGUGUGACGGUAAAGUGGACAUGCUAGUGGCAGGAGCUGGCACAGGUGGCACCAUCACUGGCAUCGCCCGCAAACUGAAGGAACGAUGCCCCAACAUCAAGAUAGUUGGUGUGGACCCUGAAGGCUCCAUCCUGGCUGAGCCCGAUGAGCUGAACAGGACCGAUAAGACCCAGUACGAGGUGGAGGGCAUCGGCUACGACUUCAUCCCCACCGUCUUAGACAGAAAAGUAGUAGACACAUGGUACAAGUCCAACGAUGAAGAUUCCUUCAAUAUGUCCCGUAUGCUGAUCAGAGAAGAAGGCCUGCUGUGCGGAGGCAGCUCCGGCACUGCCAUGGCAGCGGCGGUGAGGGUCGCCAAAGACCUGAAGGAGGGUCAGCGCUGUGUGGUCAUCCUGCCAGACUCCAUCCGCAACUACAUGUCCAAGUUCCUGAGUGACAAGUGGAUGGUCCAGAAAGGUUUCCUGAGGGAGGAGGACAUCAUGGUGACCAAACCCUGGUGGUGGAACCUGAAGCUGCAGGGUCUGAACCUGUCGGCCCCCCUCACCGUCCUGCCCACCGUCACCUGCCAGAACACCAUCAAAAUCCUCAAGGAAAAAGGCUUCGACCAGGCGCCCGUGGUGGACGAAGCUGGGUUAAUCCUGGGCAUGGUGACCUUAGGGAACAUGCUGGCCUCUGUGCUGGCAGGAAAAGUCAAGCUGUCAGACCCGGUCAGCAAGGUGCUUUACAAGCAGUUCAAACAGAUCCGUCUUACUGACAACUUGGGGAAGUUGUCCCGCAUCCUGGAGACUGACCACUUCGCCCUGGUGGUACACGAACAGAUCCAAUACUUGACCGACGGCUCUCCCAGUCUGAAGCAGAUGGUUUUUGGUGUGGUGACGGCCAUCGACCUGCUGAACUUCGUCACAGCCCGGGAAAAGAGAGAGAGAUACUUGUCUGAGAGCAACGACGACGUCUGACUGGCUGAAUAACACACACGCAGACAGUAUUUGCUGCCUGAGCAGUUCUUGCACUUGCUAACACUUAGACACACAAUCAAGGAUAAGUUAUAAUAGACGCACAAAGGCCAAAAAACACACACACACACAAAAAAAGUAGUUUUUGACUGAGGUACUGUAAGUUAUUUCCCCACUUAAUCAGUUUGUCUCACUUUUUAUUGAGUCUGAUUAAAUAAAAGCAAGAUAUGUCGGAGAAUGUAACACCACUCAGUCAAUUUGUGAUUGCUUUAUGUUUGAAACAGUUAAUUGUUGCUUAUCACGUUUAUGAUUUGUGGUUUAAAAACAUCUUUUGUCUGUUUUUAAUUUGUUGAAAGCUUUCCUUUUAUAUUUGGCCCUUACAAAUCUGUGUUGCUCUUGUGUUUAUAGGGAUGAUAAAUGCAGUUUUGUUUGUCUGUAGUUCUGCUUGUAUAUAUAUAUAUGUAUAUUUACAGUGCUGCUCACUGUAUGCUGCUUUUUAAUUGUGUAUUAGUAUAUAAAAAUACACAUUGAAUAUACUGUAAUCUUCUUAAAACAAUUAGGUGCUAUUGAAUUUGGUUCCCCACUCCCCUUGCUCCACAGUGUUACACUUUGUUUUUGUGCUGUACCGACAAUGUAACUGAUGUUUGACUGUGUUACUUUGGCUGUAUCACAAGGAAAUAUUUUAUGAUGCAUGAUUUCCCCCUGAUUAAUGUUAUUAAAUAAAGAUUAAA